AGAGAACAAAAAAUAAAAAUAAAUAGUGGAAUCGAAAAAUGGCGAGUGUUGUGUUUUCUACAUUUAGUGGAAAAAUAUCAAGUAAAUGUUUCAUUGAAGAAUGACGAUACAUUAACAUUUAUUAGAGCCAUUUUACUUUGUUCAACUGAUCAAAAUAACCUGUGUAGGAAGCCAUGUCGAGUCACUCACCACAAACCAGCCCGAUGCCUCCACCACAAGCUCCAAGCCCAAUGGGUCCUCCCUCGCAUAGUCCGGCACCGCCUCAUUCCCCUCAUAGCCCGUACCAACCCACCAUGGGCCAUAUAAGCGGUCCACCACAUCCUAUGCCACCAAUGUCGUCACCCGGUCAUCCACCAAUGCCUCCAACAUCAAUGUCGAAUACCAGUCACACGUUGCCCCCUCAUAUGCCUCAACACGGGCCUCCACACCCUCCACAUGGAAAUCACCCUCCGAGUCAUAUGAGCGCUCCCCUUCCUCAAGGCCAACCUAUACAAAUAGGUUCUGGUGGGCCAUCUCCGCAUGGUCCGCAACACCACGGUUCGCCACCAGGACCACAACACCACGGACCACCGCCAUCGUUGUCCCAAAGUCAUUCCGGUGGGCACUCUAGCGGACCCCCCCAAAGCCAUCUUGGUCCGCAGGGACAUGAGAUUAAUCCUUUGGGAGCUCCUCAUGGAGGAAACUUACAACAGGGUCAGCCAUAUCCUGGACACCCUCCAAUGAGUCAUCCGCAGCAGAGGCAGGAAUCAAAUAAUGGCUUACCGCUAUUUGGCAAGGAAUCAGCCUAUACCACCUCAAGUUACCAUGGCUCUGCAAGGUAAAAGAGCUGAUGGGUCCCCACAAUGCCCAACUCCUCCACCAACGUCUACAUUUCAGGGAGGAAUGCAUCCACAGGGUGGUCCCGGUGAGGCAAGUGAACCUCCAACAUCUGAGAGUUGCCCAAUUCAACCUCAACCCAUGAGACCUCCAGGUCCUCCUAAUACGCAGCAAGGAAUUCCUCAAGGACCGCCGCCUGUACAUCUACAGCAACAGCCUCCUAUUCAAAAUUACAAACAUCAUGGUGCACCCCCUCAACUAAUGAUGGCGAAUAGCGGCCCACGUCCACCACCGAUGCACCAACAACAACAGCAACAACAGCCACCGCCUCAAGUACAUCCUCCCCAAGCACAUCCGCCACAACAACACCAUCAUCAAACAGCUAAACAGAGUCGAAUAACUGCUAUACCAAAACCCAGCGGUUUAGAUCCCUUAGUUCUUCUCCAGGAGCGAGAAAAUAGAGUUGCAGCUAGAAUACAAGCUCGAAUGGAUCAACUCAUGACUUUGCCAACUGACAUGUCAGAAGAGCUGAGGAUGCAAGUACAAAUAGAACUUCGAGCUUUGCGGUGUCUUAAUUUCCAGCGACAACUAAGGACUGAAAUAAUAGCCUGCACAAGACGGGACACGACAUUGGAAACGGUCAUCAACGUCAAGCAAUACAAGCGAACCAAACGACAAGGACUACGAGAAGCGAGGGCCACCGAAAAACUUGAAAAACAACAGAAGCUCGAAGCAGAGAGGAAGAAGAGACAGAAACACCAAGAAUUUCUCACCUCUGUGUUGCAACAUGGAAAAGAUUUCAAAGAUUUUCAUAGAAAUAACCAUGGAAAGUUGUCUCGAGUCAAUAAGGCCAUCAUGAAUUACCAUGCGAAUGCAGAACGAGAACAGAAAAAGGAGCAAGAAAGAAUCGAAAAGGAACGAAUGAGGAGGUUGAUGGCAGAGGAUGAGGAGGGUUACAGAAAACUUAUUGAUCAGAAGAAAGAUAAACGAUUGGCUUUCCUUUUGUCGCAAACUGACGAAUACAUUGGCAAUCUGACAGAAAUGGUUAAACAACAUAAGUUGGAACAGAGACGUAAACAACAAGAAGAAGAAAAGAGAAAAAAGAAAAAGAAGAAGAGGCUAAGUUUGGAGGGUUUAUUGAACCCUGACGAUGAAGAUGGUUCACAACUAUCUGAUAGACCCAUAACAGUCGUAGAAACAGCUACCGGUAAAAAACUUACGGGUGAAGAAGCUCCAUUGCUUAGUCAGUUACAGGAGUGGCUGUCACAAAACCCUGGCUGGGAUAUAGCCGAUUCAGAUGAUGAGGAUUCUGAAGAAGAGGAAUAUGAAGAAGACGGAAGUAGUAGUUAUCUUAGUAAUGGAGAAAAAACUGGGUUUAUGUCGCUUAUUCUUGCAGCUAGAAAAGUUUCACCAAAAUCGGAAGAAGAAAAAGCCAAGGAAGUUAUCAAUAAAGCAAAAGUGGAAGAUGAUGAGUAUCACAAAAACUCCAUCGAAGAACAGACCUAUUACAGUAUUGCUCAUACUGUACAUGAAAUAAUAACCGAACAGUCGGCUUUAAUUCAAGGUAAACUCAAGGAGUACCAAAUCAAGGGCUUAGAGUGGCUGGUAUCACUCUAUAAUAAUAACCUCAAUGGUAUACUUGCGGAUGAGAUGGGUCUGGGUAAAACUAUUCAGACCAUCGCACUCAUUACUUACUUGAUGGAAAAUAAGAAGGUAAAUGGACCAUUCUUGAUCAUCGUUCCCUUAUCAACAUUGUCUAAUUGGGUACUGGAAUUCGAAAAGUGGUCCCCAUCUGUGAUCAUAGUGUCAUACAAAGGAUCACCUAUAGGUCGAAGGCAAAUACAGAGUCAAAUGAGAUCUACAAAAUUUAAUGUCCUACUCACAACAUAUGAAUAUGUCAUUAAGGAUAAAGGAGUAUUAGCCAAGCUCCCAUGGAAAUACAUCAUCAUUGACGAAGGCCAUAGAAUGAAAAAUCACCACUGUAAACUAACGCAAGUAUUAAAUACUCAUUAUGUUGCACCGCAUCGCUUACUGCUGACCGGAACUCCAUUGCAAAAUAAACUUCCCGAAUUGUGGGCCCUUCUGAACUUUCUGCUGCCCUCUAUUUUCAAAAGCUGUUCUACUUUUGAACAAUGGUUCAAUGCACCAUUUGCCACUACUGGAGAAAAGGUGGAACUAAACGAAGAGGAAACUAUUUUGAUCAUCCGACGUUUGCACAAAGUUCUUCGACCAUUUUUGCUGAGGCGUUUGAAGAAAGAAGUCGAAUCGCAGCUACCAGAGAAAGUUGAAUAUAUAAUAAAGUGCGACAUGUCAGGGCUACAAAAAGUUUUGUACCAACAUAUGCAAAGCAAAGGGGUUCUGCUCACAGAUGGUUCUGAAAAAGGUAAUAAGGGAAAAGGAGGUGCGAAAGCCCUUAUGAACACCAUCGUGCAACUAAGAAAACUCUGCAACCAUCCCUUUAUGUUCCAAAACAUUGAGGAAAAAUAUUGUGAUCAUGUUGGUAUUGCUGGUGGAGUAAUUUCAGGUCCUGAUAUCUACCGAGCUUCUGGAAAAUUCGAACUCUUGGACCGCAUAUUACCGAAACUCAAAGCCACUAAUCAUAGAGUUCUACUGUUUUGUCAGAUGACUCAACUCAUGACUAUAAUGGAAGAUUAUUUGAGUUGGAGAGGUUUCGGAUACCUCCGUCUGGAUGGCACAACAAAGUCAGAAGAUCGAGGGGACCUCUUGAAAAAAUUCAAUGACAGGACCAUCGAAUAUUUCAUAUUCCUUCUCUCUACCAGAGCUGGAGGCCUCGGUUUGAAUCUGCAAAGUGCAGAUACUGUGAUUAUAUUUGAUUCCGACUGGAAUCCUCAUCAGGAUCUCCAAGCUCAAGACCGAGCUCAUCGUAUUGGUCAACAGAACGAGGUUAGAGUAUUACGUCUCAUGACUGUCAAUUCAGUCGAAGAACGGAUCUUAGCAGCGGCUAGGUAUAAACUCAAUAUGGAUGAAAAGGUUAUACAGGCUGGAAUGUUCGAUCAAAAGUCGACUGGAUCUGAGCGACAGCAGUUUCUUCAUCAUAUCCUACAUCAAGAUGGCGAUGAUGAAGAGGAGGAAAACGAAGUGCCAGAUGAUGAAACAGUGAAUCAAAUGGUAGCUCGUUCAGAACAAGAAUUUGAGUUAUUCCAAAGAAUGGAUCUUGAGAGAAGGAGGGAAGAAGCUAAGCUGGGACCAGCCAGAAAAGCGAGAUUACUGGAAAUAAGUGAAUUACCUGAUUGGCUAGUGAAAGAAGACGAUGAGGUUGAUCCUUGGAAUUAUGAUGACAAUGAUAGUAUACUAGGCAGGGGCACGAGACAUCGGAAAGAAGUUGAUUACACUGACAGUUUGACAGAAAAGGAGUGGUUGAAGGCGAUAGACGAGACAGACGAAUAUGUAGAAGAAGAAGAGGAAGAAGAAAAAGCAAAGAAGAAAAAAGGAGGUCGCAAAAAGAAAAAGCGUGGAGAUGACUCUGACAGUGAAGUAGGGACAAGCAGUAAAAAAAAGAGUAAAUUGUCCAGCGCAGACGCGAAGUUAAAAAAACAAAUGAAAAAACUCAUGUCCGUUGUAACAAAAUAUACUGACAGUGACGGACGUCUCUUGAGUGAACCAUUCAUGAAGUUACCUGCGAAAAAAGACUACCCUGACUACUAUGAGAUCAUCAAAAAACCCAUAGACAUCAAUAAAAUUUUAAAUCGAAUUGAAGAUGGAAAGUAUACUGACUUUGUGGACUUAGAAAGGGAUUUCAUGCUACUAUGUCAAAAUGCUCAAAUCUACAAUGAGGAAGCUUCUCUAAUUCAUGAAGACAGCAUUGUUCUUCAGUCGGUGUUCUCAAACGCAAAGCAAAGAAUAGAACUGGUGGAUGGUGGUGGAGACUCAGAACAGGAAGACGACAGAGAGGAAGCAGUUAGGUCUGACACAGACUCUACAGUCAAAAUGAAAAUAAAGAUCAAAAGCAAAAAGCUCAGUAGGCGUAAACGCAUUCAGAAGAAGUAUGUUUCUGACGACGAUGACGAUGAAGAUGAUUGAAUAUUCAGAAUAUUCAUUUCAUAUUGUCCUUUCGAUAAUAUUGGAUUAUAGCUCAUACAGACUAGAUAUGGAAGUGAGGUUGGAAUGUGUUAAUGUGAUGAGAUAAAUUAUUUGAUAGAUCAAGAUAGACAUAUUACACGGACACUGUUUUUCAUUUUAAAAUUUUUACAGAGAGUUUUCAUCACACACUAUCUAGGGAUAUAACUAACAACGUGCACAUUGAGUUGAAAGUAACAAAGGAAAGAAAUACUAAGAAAAAUUACUCUCAAACAUUUUUUCGAGUUAUUUAAAUAUUUGUUGCAAGUGCAUGCUAGACAAAAAAUCUGUUUUGGUAACUCAGAGAUGUACAUAAUAUUCAUUAUUCCAAGAUACCCCUAUAAUCUAUAUCACAGAAAAUGUUAUCAAUGAGUGGUUCAACCAGAAAUAAGAUAAGUACCUAUGUCGAAAAUUAUGUAAAUUAUUUCAAAUCAAAAUAAAACAUAAUUUACAAAAAUUGUUAGAAUAUAAAUUUAAAACUUGAAAAAAAAUGAGAAUUGGAACUACCUAUAUAUUUAUAACACUUGUAUUUGUAACUAACGUUAAGGACAUUUUCCAACGAACACAAUAAACUGAAAUAAUUAACAAUGUACACCUUUAUAUACCUAAACAACCACUGAUUGGUAAUAACAUAGGGUCCUUAAUUACUUUAUUAUCAGAAUUUUGUUUACCUAUGACAAUGUAGGUAAGCCAAUUCGAAAACCGGGGAGUAGACCUGGUCAAUUUUGUCAUUUAGUAGCUUACAUCUGCAAUGCUUACAUUUAUGAAUUUCCAAGGAUUCCAAAUAAUUGAAUUUCCAACCUUUGCCUGCAUUGUGCAAAAUUUUCGUAUCGUUUAGAGUCGGGAACUUGUAGUUGCAUCACAAGGAAUGGUUUGAAAUUUUUACCUAGUCUGAAGGACCUUACAUGUUCAGCAUACCAAUUUGAGAAAUUUCCGGCCACAUUGUCCCACAUAAACACUAUUACACUCCGGACACUUGAGCUUAUAAACUCCAGUUUUCUCCAUCUUGUACCCCGAAAUACAUCAACAUCGAAAUCAGGACAAAUACAAGUGUUAUAAAAAAAACAUAGGAAGUUUCAAUUCUCAUUUUUCAUGUUGAUCUCCUACCACGUAGUAACUAAUCAUCAAUUUAUUAAAACUUUCAAGUUGAUAUUUAAGUUUCCGAGUUGAUCUAAGUUGUUCUAACUAUUUUACAAUUUGCUAAAAAUAUUCAUUAAAAGUUUUGUGCCAUCUGUAAAUAUUUGAGGUGUCUAUUUUGCUGUUGAAUUAAUUUCUAGUGUUUCAUAACUACAACGUCAAAUUCAAACUGGACAUUUCUCUCGAUGAAUAAAUUAACUCUUCAAAUGAAAUUUUCCACAGAGGUUUUUCGUAUCAAAAUACAGGGUGUUGAAUGUGAAAAUGAAAGUCUGUUGUUUGGCCAUAAUUAUUAAAUAAUAUUACUGGAGUUUUAUCCCAACACCAAACCGUUAUUUUAACAUCUCGAUAUGUGUUUCGAUCAUGAUCGAUUUGAUCUUCUUCUUGAAGAUGAUCACUUGGUGAUCGAAACACGUGUCGUGGUGUUGAAAUAACGGUUUGGUGUUGGGAUAAAACUCCAGUAAUAUUCUUUACUACACCAAAGGUUCCAAACAGUGCAUCACGAGUAUAUAAUUAUUAAAGUUUGUGAAAGUGUGUGAAAAUAAUUUACGAUAAUUUCUCUAAUCCCUCCCUUUUCAGGUGGAUUAGAAUUGUCUUUGCCUUUCCAGAAGUAGGAUCGGAUAUUAUUUUACCCCCUAUUUUGAAAUCAUUGGCAGGAUUACUGAAGUUUUGUGUUUUUCGAAUUUUAAGUUGAUUUGGGUAAAAAAUGAAUAUUUGUUCACAUCAAUAAAAUUAAACCGAUUUUUCUUGUUCUUUUUUGUGACAGUUGAGUGAUUCAGUCUAGCACCACUGAUGAGACCUUGAGGAGUCGAAACAGCGCUGUCUGGUGUUGGAUUACAAGUUUAUUUAGUUGACCUGCAGCUGAAUUUCAUUCAGCAGUCGAUGUUGCAAAGCAGAGCUUUGCAACAGACAUCCUUUUGGGGUGCCUUGUUUAUCUUUGAUAUUCAAGGAUUUAGUCUUUUUUCGAUUCCAUAGAGGUCUUCAUCUUUACAUUUGAAGUAAUAUUUGGGAGAGAACUCUUUCUGCGUAACAAAAUCUUAAAUAUCUCAAAAACGGUUGAAUUUCAUUGAUGUGAACAAGUAUGAAUUUUCAACACAAAAUCAAUUUGAGAUUCAGAAAAUACUAAAAUUCCAGAAUCCGGUCAGUGGCGUUUAAUUAAUAGGAGGGCAAAAUAUUACCCGUGCCCCUUCUCUACGCUUCUGGAAAGGCAGAGAAAAUUCAAUUCCACUUCAAAAAGAUGGUAUUAGUACAUAAAGACAUUAUCCUGAAUCGUUGUGAAAAAUAUAGAAAAUAAAAAAAAAAGCUAAAAAUCUUUUUUAUUUUUCAUUUCAAACACCCUGUGUUUUUGAAACGAUGAUCUUUUGGAAAAAUUUCCUUUUGAAAAGGAUAGUUUAUUUAUCGUGUCAAAUCUCCAGUUUCAGUUUGGUGGUAUAGUUAUGAAACACCUUGUGUAUAGAUAAGUAACAGAAUAUGAAUAAGUAUGCAGUAGAAUUCAUAUAUAAUGACUUCGCCUUUACCGACUAACCGUUUUUAGCGACUAUAAUGUUUACUCAACUUGAGUUUCAUACUUAGCUAUUGAGAAAAUAUAAACCGUUUAGUGCGACUCCAAUUAAAGUGACCAACUGCUUUUAGCAAUCAUCUUUGAUGAUAAUACUUCCGGUUAAAACAUGGCGCAAUGUUCUGCACUACAAUUGCAGAAAAAAGUGCAAUAUUACACCGAAUAAAAGUCGGUGAAUUAAAUGCACUACUCGCAAAGGAGUAUGGGGUAUCUCAUUCUACAACAUCCAUAAGAAGAAUAAAGAUUGAGCCGCUGUUUAAUGCCAAUGUUUUGAAAUGGAAACGUGUAAAGACUUGUUACAGUGGUUCAAGCUUCAGCACGACCGGGGAAUACACGUUAAUGGACCUCUGCUACAAGAGAAAGCAAACUUUUUUGCUAGACAGGCAUGCAAAAUUUCACAUGUUCCAUGAGUUGGAUAAACCGUUUAAAAGUAAGACACAACAUCUUCUGUGGUAAGAUUGCUGGCGAAUCCUUGGCCAACUCUACGUCCGCAAUUCAGAGAUGAUGAAAUUUUUAAUGCGGAUGAGACCGGGCUGUUUCAAAAAUUAACCCCGUACAAGACGUUGAAAUCCAAAGGUGAAAAAUGUACAGGAGAAAAAUUAUCAAAGGAGAGAAUAACUGUGAUGGUGAUAGCCAACAUGAGUGGCACAGUUAAAAAACUUCUCGUAAUAGGAAAAUCUCAACGUCCCCGAUAUUUUAAAAAUGUACGGCAUUUGCCAGUGGAUUAUGAGAGCAAUCGAAGAGCCUGGAUGACGGGUAACAUUUUACCAAAUAGGUACGCGCAUGGGAUGGUGAAUUUAUGAAAAAGAACAGGAAAAUCCUGCUGUUAGUGACAAAUGUCCAGCACAUCCCUAUAUUGUAGAGUUGAAAAACAUAACCCUGGUGUUUUUACCUCCAAACACGACAUCAUUGUCGUGACCCAUGGAUCAAGGGAUUAUUCGAGCUUUAAAAGUGAAUGAAGCUUGAUGCUUUUCUAAUGAUUCAAGAUGCCUGGAACCAACUCAAGCAAGAGACAAUUUUUAACUGUUACAAACACGCUGGUUUUGUGCGAAGCAAUUUUGAAUGUAGCAUAACUUCAAAUGCAGAUGAUUUUAAGUUAGAAGACGACGUACCGUUGAGCAUUUGGGCGAGGGCUAUUGAUACGCAUCAGUUACCCAUAACAAUCGAUGAAUUUGAACAGUAAGCGUGUAUCGAUGAUGUCCGAUGAUGUCAAUCCUAACAAAUAAAUAAAAGAUUGAUGAACUCUGUACUACUAAUAAAGGAAAAUCGUGUAGAUUUAUGAAAAAUAAAAUUAAUUAAAAAAAAAUAAAAUAAACCACGCCGCUUAUGUCAUUCAAAGAAACCGCCGACAUUCGGUAACUAUUUACUUUUUAUGCCAUUUGAAUUGACUCCGUACACACUAUACUUUAAGGACGCUAUAUCCGGAUUUCACUGUAGAUCCGUGUGAGAAUUUGCAAGAUAUGUUACUAAACAUCUGCUGAUUUUCUAUACACACCUACCAUUUUCAAAUAAUUUUGUAACCACUUAUGAAUUAUACAUGUUUCGUGAAAAAUAAAAUAUUACAUAGGCUUUACACCUGAAUUAUGUAAUUUCUGCAGUAAAAUUAUAGGAUCCACAGAUCCAGGGUCAUAAGGUUUUGUUUUUUAUUGUAACCAAUUUCAUUGUUGAUGUUUUUUUUUUUGUCUAUAAUUUUUGAUAAUACAGAAGCACCGGAAAUAUGUUGAUAGUUGUUCCAGACAUACUUUUUACUUUUUUUUGAAAAUUGGAAAAACUUCAACAAUUCAGUAUUCAUUUAAUAAUUUCAAAUAGGUUUCAGACCUAUGUUAUAAAUAGUGAUUUUAUCAGGAAAGUUUGAAAUGUCUAUCAACCAUCUACCCAAAAAAAUUGGGUCAUUUUUAUAAAAUAUUUUCAGUGGCCUCUUGUCAUAUCCAGGUUUGUCUAAUAAGUUAUACCUGCAGCUCUAAGCAGGAUCUUUAUUGUUAGUUACAAAAAAUGUUGCCUUGUUUUAUUAUGUUCACUUUGUGAUUAUCUCAAUGUCUAUGUAAAUAAUUUAAGGAAUUUGUUGUUGCAUUGAAAUUGGCUUGUGAAUAUUUAUAGAUUUUUAUGACUGUUCUGAAAUUGUUUUAGUUAAGUAAAAAUAUUGUUUUUUAUAUAGAAAUAUCUUUGAUCUUUGAAGAAACGAAGAAUAAUUCGUUGAUGAAAAAUAUGUUGAAUUCUUGAUUAUUAUGGGUGAUAUUUAUAUUUUUGUACAGUAGUAAAAAAGUCUUCAUUGACGUGUAGCUCCUUGAUUCGAAACCUAAUAGACCAUCGUGUGAAAAAAUUACUAUCAUUGUACUUUUGAAAGGAUUAUGCUCUUAUCCUCUGUGUAACAAAUAAUGCAUCAAUUAUUUCAAUUUUGUUGUAACGUGAUUUGUGUUACAUUGGGAACUAUGACUUAAUGAAAGACUUUAUGCUAUUAGACAAUUUUUUUGGAGUAUUUUAUAAUUCAUAAGUUUAGAUGGUGCAAUUUUUUGUCCUUAUUAUCAGUAUCAAGUGCAAUAUGUAUCUCAGACUUAAAAGUCACGCUUUAAUCUACAUGUUUAGUAAAUACAUAGAAUUGAAAAAGA